UAUCUUUUUUAUUUUAUAUAAAUUGAAUUAUAGAAUAUAAAAAAAAGUUAAAAAAUAAAUAGUAAUGUUUAAAUGUUAUAUUAAUAAUAAUUUAAACAUAUGAAAUAUAAAAAAGUAAAAAAGUAACUUAAUAGUAAUUUUGUUUCAUAAAAUUCUAUAAAAAUUUAGUUUAUGGUUAUUAUUUACAAUUGGAUUGGUUGAUUUAUUUUGAAAUAAAUAAAAUACAAUGUUCAAUUAAUGUAUAAGUGUACAUCAAAAAACUUUUUUAUUUUAUAUUUUGUGUACUGUAGAUAUAAAUAUUUAGAUUUACUUGUAAACGUACAUUUUAUUAUUACGAUUAUCGAUUCAUUAAAUCUCAUCAAUAGUAUAAAUUUAUUAGGUACUGUGUAUUAAAAGAUAAAUUAUAAGAUGAGUCGCAAAGAAGCAUUAUCUCAAUUUAUCCAACAGAUACAUGGGCGUCCUGUUGUUGUAAAGUUAAAUAGUGGUGUAGAUUAUAGAGGUGUUUUAGCUUGUCUUGAUGGUUAUAUGAAUAUAGCACUUGAACAAACAGAAGAAUAUGUAAAUGGCCAAUUGAAAGAUAAAUAUGGUGAUGCAUUUAUUCGUGGUAAUAAUGUAUUAUAUAUUAGUACACAAAAACGUAGAACUUAAGUAAAAUAAAUAUAUAAUUUAUAUUA